CUAUCCCAGACUUGUCCACCGCCCGGUACCUUGUAGUCGUAGCCGGCGCUGAAGAGGAUGCCGCUGCUGGUGGGGUGCCACUCGAUCAGGCCCACGCGUCUGCUGUGGCCGUACAGCUCCAGCACCGCCUCCGCCAUGUUGCGCUUCAGGCCGCCAUCUGGGAUCUCCCAUACUCGCACCUGACGGAUGAUGACAUGCAGGAUUUCACGACUGCUUUAAUAUUGACGUAACAAAACACCGGAUCAUCAAAGGUCCAAAGCAAGCCCAGUUUGGAUACACGGUUCAGCAACAUGUGGCUGCUGGGGGCGAAAAAUGGUUGCUGGUGGGGGCGCCGUACGAGAUGAACGGCGCGUACCAGACGGGGGACGUGUACAAGUGUUCGCUGACCAAACGAACAAACGGAAACGGCUGCAGCAAACUCAACCUCGGAAGGAUAUCCCUGACCAACGUGUCCGAGCGGAAGGACAAGAUGAGGUUGGGAAUGACGCUCACAACCAAUCCCAAAGACAACAGUUUUGUGGCCUGUGGGCCACUUUGGUCUUACGAGUGCGGAAGCUCUUACUACAGCACUGGCAUCUGCUCCAGGGUCAACGCUAGCUUCAAGUUCUCCAGAACAAUUGCACCCGCCUUUCAGAGAUGUGAGACCUACAUGGACAUCGUGAUUGUUCUGGAUGGAUCAAACUCAAUCUACCCUUGGUAUGAAGUGCAAGCUUUUCUUAUCAACAUCCUUCAGAAAUUCUAUAUUGGACCAGGUCAAAUUCAGGUCGGAGUUGUUCAGUACGGUGAGAAGGUUGUACACGAGUUCAAACUCAAUGAUUUUAAAUCUGUUGAAGAAGUGGUGAAGAGAGCACGCAGUAUCAACCAGCGAGGCGGGGAGGAGACCAACACGGCUCUUGGUAUCAACAUAGCACGCUCUGAGGCGUUCAAACAAGGAGGUCGACGCGGUGCCAAGAAGGUGAUGAUUGUGAUAACUGACGGAGAGUCACAUGACAGCGCCGACCUCCAACCAGCCAUUGAGGAGAGUGAGAAGGAUGGAAUCACCCGUUACGCCAUUGCGGUUCUUGGCUACUACAACCGAAGGGGAAUCAACCCCGAGGCCUUCCUCAAUGAGAUCAAGUACAUCGCCAGCGACCCAGACGACAAACACUUCUUCAACGUGACGGAUGAGUCGGCGCUGAAGGACAUCGUGGACGCACUCGGAGAGCGCAUCUUCAGCUUAGAAGGAACAAGUAAAAACGGGACGGCCUUUGGUCUCCAGAUGUCUCAAGCCGGAUUCUCCGCUCACAACGUGGAGGAUGGCACCCUGGUGGGAGCGGUUGGGGCUUACGAUUGGAACGGGGCGGUCCUGAAGGAAACGCGGCAUGGGAAGGUGGUGCCCCCCAAAGCCGCCUACAUGCAGGAGUUUCCGGAAGAGCUGAAAAACCACGGCGCCUACUUGGGUUAUACGGUGACAUCGGUGGUGUCGGCCAAAAAUGGCCGUCUGCUUGUUGCCGGAGCCCCACGCUUCAACCACACGGGCAAGGUCAUCGUUUUCACCUUGAAAAGCCCCGGAAAUCUCACCAUCGUCCACUCCCUCAAAGGCCAGCAGAUUGGCUCAUAUUACGGCAGCGAGAUCGCCCCAGUGGACAUGGAUGGAGAUGGUGUAACGGAUAACCUUCUGGUGGCGGCGCCCAUGUUCUUCAGCGGCGGCAUGGAGAAAGGGAAGGUCUACAUCUACCGAUUGACAGAACUGAAUCGUUUUGUGUUUGAGGGCGCUUUGGAGAUCCACAACGGCGGCCAGAAUGCUCGCUUUGGGUCUUCGCUUGCACCCGUUCCUGAUUUAAACGGGGACGGCUUCAAUGACCUGGUGGUCGGAGCGCCGCUGGAAGACGAUCACAAAGGCGCCAUUUACGUUUUCUUUAGCCAGCACAACAGAAUACUCCGCAAAUACAAGCAGAGGAUCGCAGCAGCGGACUUGGCGCCCGGCCUGCAGUACUUCGGCCGCAGCAUCCACGGAAUGAUGGAUAUGAACAACGAUGGUUUAGUGGAUCUGGCGGUUGGAUCCCUUGGUGCAGCUGUUCUCCUCUGGUCAAGGAGUGUCGUCCGCAUUUAUACCAGCGUUAGGUUUGAACCUAGCAAGAUCAACAUCUUUGUGAAGGACUGUCAGAGGGGUGGCAAGGACGUGACCUGCAUGUCGGCCAUCGUGUGCUUCAACAUCACGGCAAGGACCGCCAUUGCCGCCACGCAGGAAGUCGGCAUUAAAUACAACGUCUCCAUUGUGGAACGACGUUUUAAUCCACGAGCCGUCCUCGACAAUCCCAGCAAGUCUCAGCCUCACAACCUGACUCUUCUUCCUGGGGAGGAAACCUGUGAGCACAUCUACUUCCAUGUUAUGGAAACCAUCGACUACGCGAGACCCAUCGUGUUUGCGGUCCAAGUGGGCUUGUGGGAUGCGGAAGAUGGUCCGGUUCUGGAUGAAAGCUGGCCCACCCUUUCAAAGACGGAGCUGCCCUUCUGGAACGGCUGUGAUGAGGAUGAGCGCUGCGUUCCGGACCUAGCGCUGCAGACCGGGACAGACCUGAUGACUCCAAGUCGCUUCUGCUCCCAGCCUGUCCAGUCUCGGGGGGCUUUCUGCCGCCAUCUGGGUGAAGGCGGCGCCGAGGGAUCCCUGCGGGUUCUAGAAGCAAACAGGAGACGCGUGGUGGUGGACGCCCGGCUGGAGAACAAAGGAGAAAACGCUUACAAUGCUCGCCUCAACAUCAGCUACUCGCCCAAUCUGCGUUUCUCCAGCCUCAUCUUGAAGGACAACGCCGAUGUCAGGAUCGAGUGUUACCCUGAAGACAAACUGAGGCAUGAGAAGGUCUGCAACGUCAGCGCACCCUUCAUGAAGUCCAAAGCACAGGUUUUAUUUCGUCUGGAGUUUGAGUUCAGCCGCAGCGUCUUCCUGGACCACCUGAGGGUCAUCCUGGAAGCCAGCAGUAACGGCGAGGAGGUGAACAUGGCAGACAAUUCCAACGACAUCCAUUACUCCCUGCAGUACGAGGCCGACCUUCUCUUCACGAGGGAUUCCAACCCGACGCGCUAUGAGAUCAAGUCGGAGCUCUCGCUGGAGGAGCCCGGAGUGACCGGCCCUCCUUUCAACUUCACUUUUCAGAUCCAGAACCUGGGCUACUUUCCCGUUCGAGAUCUGCAGCUCAACAUCCACAUCCCGGAAAUGACCAAAAAUGGCAACCAGCUCCUCCAGAUUUCUGAUUUCCACAUUGACGAGAGAGAUGGCACCUACUGUCUACCGCCUCAGCACGUGGCGCAGAGCAGGGCGUCGCCCGAGGACCUGACCCGCUUCUCUCGCUUGAACCGAAGCAACACCCUGGUGCUGCCCAUCCAGUGCACCGUCAGCGUGGCGCCCUACAGAGAAAUCUCCGUUAGAAUCGCAGGCGUCCUACGAGUACACACUCUACACGCGCUGAGGUUUAAAAUCCUUGAACUGGUCACCAGCGCGUCGGUGGAGCUGCCCCCCGCCAGUCACAUGUUCCUUCAAGAAGAGAGGCCCGUCAGAAAUAUCAUCCUGGAGGUCCGAAAGGAGGGCGACUACAGGAUCUCCAUCUGGAUCGUCCUGGGCAGCACCCUGGGGGGCCUCCUACUGCUGGCUCUGCUCAGCCUGGCCCUGUGGAAGCUGGGCUUCUUCCAGAGGCAGAAACGGGGGGACGAGGAUGAGCGGGAAGCAAUGGGAAAGGUGCCCGAGGAACGGUAACGCAGGCUGGAGGCCCCCAGCAAGACGCUCAGGGACCCCUCCCCCUUCCUCCCGUCCUCCAACUCCCACGGCGGCGCCGCCCGGACGGCCCCGUGCGGUCGCACACCGCACCUGUCCCACGCCACGACCCCUGACCCCUGGGAGUCAGCACUGUCACACUCACAGCGUAUCUGCACUGUUGCGACACGAAGGACGUUCGACGUCUGCGUCGUCCGCCGUCCUCGCUGUCUAACCUUCACGGCCUUUGGGGCUCGUCUUCUUUUGGAGUUCUCCGAGUGCUGAGGAGGAACCGAGAUGAACCUCCUUGGAGGUCCUCCUCCUGGUCUGCUUGUUGUCAUAUUUAUUGAAGUGGCUACGUUAGAGUACAUGAACAACCUCAACCUGUCCGCCCAUAAGCCAAGAUGUUUGCUGCGUGUUGAAUUUGAUGUAAAAAAGAGACCGUUGACUUUCAAAGUACCGUAAAUUCCAGUGUUUGAGUCGCUACGUUUGUCUUCAACUGGCAGGAGCCAAUCACGAGCUAGCAGGGGGUCAUCAGGUAUACCAGUAUAGCAGUCCGACUCACGGUGUCAUCUUCCAAACAACACUAAAUCCAUCACACAGUCACUUAACACUCAAAAUAUGUAUACAAAUAUACAAACAUGAGUCAAUAUGGGAUCACAUUGAAAAAACAUUCAAGUUUACCAUAAGGCAUUGCGUCUCAGCAAAGCAUCCAUUGAGGUGCUGCGAUGACGUCAGCUUGCCUCUGGGCUUUUGGCUCCAGGUUCUCUGGCUCCCUCUGGAGGACAGAGGCAGCAUUACUGCACCAUCAACCAUUUCUAUGGUUUCUAUGCUCCUCCAAUGAAAGCGAAAUGCAUUCAAACUUUAAAGUGUUAGUUUUUUUCAUAUGAAACACACAUUUAUACAUCUUGUAAAGUUAUACUGUUUGAGUGCUAAGUGCCUGUGUGAUGAGUUUAAUGUGAGUCAGAAUGACAUCUUGCAAUUUCCAAUUUUUCAUUGCUCAUGAUUGGUUCCUGCACCACAAUAUAAUACAAUUUUAUGACGUGCUGAUACACCGGAAUGAUGCACCAGUGCGGCUUCUAUACGUACAAAUCUAUUUUUUCCUCUAAGGCUUAUACACUGAAAUUUACGGUCGACUUUUGUCUUCUCUCGGAAACUCUAACCCUUUUCAAGAAUACUUUCAUCCUUGAAAACAUGCCGGAUGAUCUUUUAAUUAUUUGAUGCACUUUGACUUUGUACAGAUUUAACUUGAACUUGUAAAUAGCUUCAUAAACAUUUUAUAUCCUUUGAAGUUAGGGCUGCACAAUAAUAAGGCCGAUAUGAGGGAAAUAUGUACGUCAUACCGAUAAUCUGAUAACAAAGUAGUGGCAAUAACCCAUGCAGUGCUGCCUUGGUGCCAGAAGGUCUGACUCAAACCAAAACGGACUCUAACCAAAGCUAAUUUUCCCAUAGAAAAUAAUGUAACCGGGGCGGACGUUAACCAAGGCACCACUGUCAGCCAUACUGUGCAGGUGAGCAAAUCAGGUGCUCCUUUUUCUCCUGCCUAUGAUGUCGGCCUGACGUAGCAUCCCUGAGCUCACUUGUAAACAAACAUCCACUUUCCGUGGAAGACAUUUAGCAUGCUAGCUGUGCCUAGUGCUCCGUGAUGAGGAGGAAAAUCCCAUCAAGGUUUGUCAGAGACCUCCAUGGCGUCACGCCGGCUGCUCGGAGCGUGUGCCCGAAUACAGUGCACCUUGCUGGGCCACAGCAGGUGGCUCCUCCCCCCCAUACUCUGGUUCUCCUGAUGGUAGUCAUGUCUUGAUGUUUGAUGAUGAAUUUGUACACUUGGUCAAAUCCUAAUUUCUUCCAGUCUUUUGUACCUCCAGGUGUGCACAAACUACACUUUUCUUUUCUUUAAAGUAGACAUUAAAAUGUUUUUGGCCUUGAGGAGCAGAAAGUUAUCGGUUUGAAAAACCAAGAUAUCGUGCCUGUUAUUAGUCCUGACCCGGUUUAUGGCAUUAUGCGUCCAAAAGGACGUGAGGAUGCGAGGGUUUGGAGGGAGCGAAGCUGCUAACGUAUGCUACACAUUGAUCCAAAACAUCGCCCGUCGCUCUCGUGCAGCAGAAAAGGGAUGGACGUGACGUCGAUGUGAUGUCCGGCACAUAAAGGAGUAAAAGUGUCGCCUACGCAGCGUGCCAGCAUCCUGGUGGGCUUGCCAAUCAAAGUGUCUUUGUCCCGAUGGAGUGUAGAGGAGCUGGAACAAGUCGAUGAAUAAAA